AUGAUCGGAUGUGGCAAGUUGGGGAUUGCUAUUCUCCAAGGCCUUCUUCGGUCCUGUACCAGUAUACCAAACCAUGGAUGCGAGACAGAUCUUCCUGCCAUUCACCUUCGCCGUCUCAUUGCCACUGCACAGACAGACUGCAGUGUGAACCGGAUUCAAACCUCCAUCGAGCCUCUCGCGACAGCUCUGGCUUCUCCCCCAUGCAUCGACCUCUGGAAUCAGACAUGCAAUGCUCAGGCGGCCCAGGCAGCAGACAUUAUUAUCCUGGGCUGCAAACCGCGAUCUCUACCAACACUCCUCACCGAAGAUGUGGUGCAUGCCCUCAACAAGAGUGGCGGCGGCGACGACAGCAGACACAAAUGA